UGUGCCUUGUUUGUUCCUCUUAUGCCCUAAGGUCAGCAAAAACUUUUUCCAAUGUUUUCAUUCCGUCCACAAUGUGCUCGUCCACUGCAGCAGCUCUGUUUGCGACGUAACAUCGCUUUCUCGUCUCCGAGAUUCGCCUCUCCGCAGGAUGCUGCGUCGGAAGACGCCUUGGAGCAAGCUGAGCGCGUAGACGCACAAGCUGCCCGGCCCACCCAGGACUCCGACUCCAAGCUGGAAGACAUCUCCACACAGCUUAGCACAUACCGCGGGUUUCUGAAGGCCAUGGACAAGUACAGAGUCGCACAGCCGAAUAACUACAUCUCAGGGGAAACGAGAGCCCCGUUCCCCAUGAAUUACUCCUUCAAGCCCCCGAACCCCAUAUCCGAUGCCGUGAAGACGCAAAUGUACGAGCAGUACAUGUUGGACCCAAGGAGGAAUAACAUCCGUGUCCUGUCUCAACGGUUCCACGUCAGCCUGAAACGUGUCGACGCUAUCCUGAGGCUCAAAGGAUUGGAGGCCGCUUUUGUCAAGGUACUGUUUUGUCUCGUGACAUUCUACGCUGAUCGGUACUGAACACUAUGGAUCUUUGCUUCUCAGGAUGAAAAACCUCUCCAAACUGGCUUCCAAUGGGGCAUGGAAAUGCUGCUCGGGGUCCGCGAUGGUCCGGGCGUGCAAUUCAGCAACGUUCACGCUGCUGAUCUCCUCGAGGAGAAGGAGAAUCGUGACGCAGAACGGCAGCGUUUCCAGAGACAGUACUGGGAGUCUGCGUACGAUGAUGGCAAGGAACCCAUCCUACCAGCUGCUCUGCAGCACGCCAAGCUUCUCGCCGAGCGCUUGGCUGCAGAGUCACUGGCCAACAAGUCUAAUCCUCGUUUGAUGCCGCGGUUCCCCGACACAGCUACGAUCAAGUCGCCUCGAGAGCCGGUUCAGAAGGUCACACGACCUGGUCGGAUGCCGAUACACUUUGUCGACAUUGGGGGCAAGUUUAUUGACAUCAAGGAGCGGGAACGCCGGAUUAAGGCUGGGGGCAGACGCCACGGGGUGAAUGCGCGCAGGUCGCACCUGAAGGUGCUCUCGGGAUCGAUCAUGGGUCGCACGCCCAGCGAACGAGGCUUGCGGGCGGGGAUCAAGCGUCGGGAAGCGGCGGCGGCUGCCGGGACUGCUGCUGUGCUUUCUGCUUAGUAGUGUGUACUCUAUCUAUCUCUUAAUGUGAUUUCUCCGAGCUUCUCUCGUUGAUAGCCUGGAGCGAUCAGAGUAUGCAUCCUGCGCCAAGUCAUUGUGUCCUUCCGAGUGUGGGGCAGCUUGCGCUGUUCCGGCACCAAUCACCGAUCACAAGCUUGAGGCGGUCCAUGAAGCCCCGGCUUUGUUGGCUCACCGUGUGUUAACUCCACCUGGAGAAGGGAUCCCGGUGUCGGCAUCAUCCGCACCGACUUGGCUAUCACCGCAUCUCGUGAGCGAUACUGAACGGUGGUAUGGUCCAUGUGUAAUUUCUAGACGCGCGUUUGCGCGCCCGACGGUCUCAAGAAAUACGGCAAGCCUUCGACUGCCUGGCAUGUGAACUGAUCGAGGCACUUGAUUUUAAUGCCAAGAGCAGCACAGGGCAGGAGGGUGUCCUUGGGUGCCUCGUCAAACGCCGACGCAAAUAUAGCCUCUCGGAGUGUUCCCGGGCUUCUUCCAGUCUUCGAGAGUUUAAAAGCCGUGUCUAGUCCUGAGGUUUCUCCCAACCCGAGCUCCCCGCGUCCUCGCAGUCCCACUCCCGCUCUCGCUCUCAUCCAGCUAGCCACCCAGCCACCCUCUUCUGCCACAAUGUCUCCCGCUUUGCUCUCUGAAGUUCCUGCUGUCGUCGAGGCACCGAGCGACCCCAAGGUCGAGGCUGCCGCCCGCGCCGCACCGUACUACAACGCGCGGCUCGACCCGGCCAACUACCUCGAGGGCCCGCUCUCGGAGAACCCCGCGACGCGGCUGAGGCAGCUGCUCGCCCGCCCCGGGAUCGUCACUGCCCCCGGAAUCUGUGAUGGAAUCAGUGCCCGUGCUGCUGUUGAGGCCGGUUUCGAGUGCCUGUAUCAGAGUGGGGCAGCCACGACAGCUUCUAGACUCGGCCAGCCGGAUCUGGCUAUUGCCACCUUGAACGACUUUGUUGGGGCCGCGGAGAUGGUCUGCAGUCUGUCGCCGACAACGCCAGUCAUCGCUGAUGCCGACACUGGCUUCGGUGGACCCGCGAACGUGGCGCGGACGGUCACAAAAUACGCCCGGGCGGGCGUUGCCGGCCUGCACAUCGAGGACCAGGUCCAGACGAAGCGCUGCGGGCAUCUGCUCGGCAAGCAGGUCGUCUCUCGCGAGGAAUUCGUCACCCGAAUCCGCGCUGCUGUGAUCGCUCGUGACAUGAUCCCCGGCGGAUCCGACUUUGUGAUCAUCGGCCGCACAGAUUCUGCGCAGGUCUUGGGCAUGGACGAGGCGAUCGAGCGGCUCAAGCUCGCUGCCGACGCCGGUGCCGACGUGUGCUUCAUCGAGGGUGUCAAGACGAAGCAGCUCUUGGAACGCACCGUCCGACUGCUCGCACCCAAACCCGUCCUGGUCAACGUCAUCUCUGGCGGCCUCACCCCCUCCUUCACAUCCAAAGAAGCCGAGGCCACCGGUGCCAAGAUCAUCAUCUUCUCGCUGGCUUCAUGUGUGCCGAUGAUGCACGCCGUUCGCGCUGCCAUGAAGUCGCUGAAGGAGACCGGCACCGACUUUGCCUGCGCACAGGGCAUGGGCCCGCGCGAGUUCUUCGAGGUGAUGGGCCUCGAGGAGGUGAUGACCAUAGAUUCCAAGGCUGGCGGGUCCGCGUUCGACUCCAUCUGAGCAUUGGCGCAUGUACCAUUGUACAACUAGAGCACCUGUUUUUAUAUACAUGAGGCAAUAUGGAGCCGAUUCUGUUCAACAAUUAUCUUGAGCUUGUGGGCAAGGCACAACCAGGAUGUUUCUAAUAUUCAGCCCUCCUGGUCAUCCACUGCUUCUUGCAUGUUCUGCGCCUCUAAAGGCUCGACAAGUAUGAUGAGCUCGCUAAAAUUCUCACAGCGUAAACGAACCCUCGCUCGGAACCUUGUCCCAUCCCAAAGCAGGCCCCCAGGUUCUCCACAUCCUGUCGACCACCCGAAGCUUAUCCUCCCGCUCCAUCGUCGUGCUCUCAAGAUCGGUCACAUCCUCCAAAAAGCCCUCUCGUAGCCUGGACCUCUUCGGCAGCCUCGACUCGGCAAAAGUUCGCAGGCGAGCCACAGAGAUGAGAAUCAUCCCGCUGCUCGUGUUGGGCCGCGCACGAUGCUUCGCCGUGAGAAGGCAUUCAAUCCGUCUACUUCCCCCUUCAGCGACAGACACGAACGGAGAACGAAGGGCUCACCGCAACGCCGCCCAGGCCGCUGCUCGUUGGAGCUUGCCUCCGUAUCGGCCGUCGCUGGGGCCGCUUCCGAGCAACGACGACAGAGACCGUCCGAGGACGAUCGUAAUAACCAUGGCGGGCGCCAGGCCGACGAACGCAAACGUCAGUUCUUGCGACUUGAGCAGUUUGUCGAUACCAGCGAGUGCCUGGUCGAUGUCGACCUUGGCUUUUUGAACUUGAAUGAACAUCGAGCGAAGUAGUGUGCCGGUCAGCGCUGACUUGACCGGCGAUUUGAUGUCUUCCUCGUACAACCGGAGGACGGGGGUGAGGUCCCCGACACGGAUCUUGGCGGAAAGUUCAGCGAGCUGCGUGGAAUUGUAGCGCAACUGAUCUUGGGCGAGCGACAAGGUCAUGCGCUCCAGCGACUGGGAUUGCCGUCAGAAGCUGCAUCAUCCAGGUUCGAGUGUGAGCCUACAUCCAAGUCUGCAACGACUCCUUCUUUCCUAACAAUCACACCAUCACCUCCUCCAGUUCUGACCGUGGUCAAUAUGUCCUUGAUCGGCUCGACCAGCGAGUUCUUGAUGAACCCUUGCGCGGUUUCCUUCGCGUCUAGUGCCAUUUCCCACAUAGAUGCCCGAGACACCCACAGCGAGCGGAUGGCAUAGAGGCUCAGAGGCGGCAACAAAAGCAGCUUCGGCCAGAUGAGCGUGAAACGCGACGGUCUGCUCAACUGGAGGAGCUCAGCUGCAUGCGCAGCGAUAUGGGCAGGGAGCAGUGAGCUCGACAACUUUUGGACAACGUUUUGCUCGUUCUCUGCUCGAAAAUCGCUAUCGGUCACGAUUCUAGCCAAUCCGUGCUGCAGGAAGGAGUUCUGCGAGGACGCUGAACUACGCAGGGCCGCCAAGUCACCCAGUUUGUCUGCCCUAUUGUCUCUCAGCUGUUCGAGCCGCUGCCGUUUGUAGCGGCACUCGUCGCGGGCAAGGCUGAGUGGCUGGCAUAUGCUGGACCAGAUGAGCGACGGGAUAUGCGAUCGAGGUGGUAACAUCGAUGAUGUCAUUGCUGUUCCGUCCUCAAGGUGAGGAAAGAGAGCCCGCGUCAAUGCCGAAGGCCUGAGUGCAGUCGAUGGAAACAGGCGGAUCAGUGACGAGGGCGAGAAAGACGCGAGGUUGAGAGGGAGAUGGUGUUC